ACAGCCAACCACACUUCACCGCGCUGGCCGACGCGGCGCACGCCUUCGUCCGCGACGUUCGAAUUUCAAAAUAAAAAAAAAUCAAAACGUCAAAGCAUUCGUUUAUUUUUAAUUUUAAGGAAUGUGAUUGGUGAACGUUGGAAAAAUAUUAUGUGCCAUAAAGUGUAGUGUUUUAAAAUGGGUCUCGGGAAAUUGUUUUUGGUGUUCGUUUUUGUGAAAUGUGUUUAUGGUCAAGAGCAGGCCUGCUAUGGUGCUGGUAGCGUUGCUGGUGCGGCGAUAGGUGCCUUUAUAGGGGCACUUCUUUUGGUUGCUGCGGCAUAUUACCUGAGAAAGUUGUAUUGGAAAUCGCGCAAAGGAAAACACCUAGUCUUCUCAACGGACCCUGAAUCAGUUAAAGAUGAGUUUGCCUUCGACAACCCAGGGUUUCGGCAAGACGAGCGCGCGUGGCAACAUGCUCCUACGCUACCCUUGAAAGGAUCAACGUUGCAUGCAGAAUUCACCAAGCCCGAACAAAGUAAAGACGAUGAUCAUAUUCAGCGAGCCAGAGUUCGGCGAGUGAAGCUCUGGGCGCGCGACUUCACCGGGCUCGGGCUCCGGUGCUCGGGCGGCGCCCGCGAUGGCGUGCGGGUGCACUCGGUGCUGCGGAGCGGCCCGGCCGCCGCCGCCAAGCUGGAGCCCGGUGACAAAAUCAAGAGCAUCAAAAUAGAAUUCUCCGGAACUCCACUAGAAGAUGCUUUGGCGAUCCUGUCCCUUGCAUCUCCAUACCCUGUGGAGUUGGAGGUGGUCGAGGGGGGGAGGGUCAGCGGCGCGGGGAGGGGGGUACGCCAUCCGUUGCUGAAGAGGGCUGGGUCCACUGGAGAUGUUAACACGCUCGAGAAGGAAGGCAAGCUCCUCCACCCACCGCAGUCCCCCAACGCGUCUCACUCCAACAAUUCCACGUUAGAGACCAAGCACAAGGGCAUCAAGAAGAUAAUCACAGAAAAGAUCGUCCCCACCACCCUGGAACGAAACAAGAAAGAGAAGAAAGAACUCCCCACAACGCUAGAAAGAGAGAACGAGAAGAACAUCAAACUGAAUAAGAAUAGAUAUUCAGAUGUAGCUCAGGCUACUGCCAAACCUGUCGAUUAUAAACCUGAAAAGAACAAGGUAAGGCAUUCAACUAGCGAUGUCAUUAUACAAGCAGAAAACGGGACGGCUAAUCUAGAACACGCGGAAGUGCAGAAGAGAGAGUAUGAUCCUAAAAGAGGUAUGAAAUUCGGAAUAAGAGUAUUGCCGCCAAAUGUGCCAGAUGAUGGAGUCUUAAAACAGAAGAAUGUCGAAAAUGGCGUCGUAGCGCAGAAAGUUGAGAAGAAAGCUGUGGAUGAACCAGAUAAACCUGAACCGCAAAGGCAAGCGCCGGUUUCACAUAAACUGGAAAGUGAGACAGAAGUUAAGAAACCUGUAGUUGCUAAAAGAAGAGAAAAGAUGGCACCCCCUAUUCCCAAUGCUAGAGUUAAACCAGAAGAUUUAAAUACAAGUGCUGAUUCUAAGACGUCUGACAAUGCGCCGACUGCUUUUGCUAGAACUGAUCUGAACUCAAGUGGCAUUAAGCGGGAUGAAAAUGGUAUACCACAAGAAUUACCACAGCAUAUGUUCGAUGCCGCCAAAGCGGCAAGAAGCAACAGAAAGAGUGCCACAGAAUUACUUUACGAAAAGGAUAAUGACAAAAACGAACACAAGAAAGAUGAAGCUCCAAAACCAAACAAGAAAUCUAAGGGUAAAGCACCAUCGCCGCCUGAAGUUGAGAAAAACAAGACAGAUGACAGUAUGCUUGAACAAUUGAAAAAUGUAAAUGACUUUUUAAAGAACGAAAAGCAAUUUUCAAGCCUAUUACAUGAUUCUAUUACAUCUCUUAACACUACUACAACUUCAUACAAUACCUCGACACCCAAAGCAAUUAAAACUAAACCAGCACCGCAGCCUCACGCUGAAGAAUCAAUUAACUUCAGCCAAGACGACAUAGAUGAUAUUGUUCAUAGACCAUUCAAACGAGAAAGCGAUUCUCUCAACAAUUACUUUGAAGAUUCCAAAUCAAACCUUUCUUCUAACCAAGACAUCCAUUCGGUUGUAUCUUUAAAUCAUAGCGAAAAAAGCGACAAAGGAUCCACAACUAUUGAGUUAAACAACAGUGACGUCACGAUCCACAGUUCGCCGCUAGAUGACACUCUCAACUCUGCUUCAGACGACACUUCGAUCCUAGAUGAGAACGAACGCAAAGCCGCCUCAUUGGGCGACUUAUCGCGAUUCGAAUUGAGAGUCAAAACAAAUAUGCCAUCUACUGGUACUUUAGAAAGAGCGCAAAGCUUGGAUAUAUCAGCUGAAGAUGGCGAAAUAAAUGAAACGCUGUCACCUAAAAAGAGAAAAGCUAUGUCAGUUGUAGAAUCAACGUUCUUUGAUUCUGCCGCAGAAGAUACACUGCCUGAUAUGGAUCCAGAGAAAGGAGUGACAAUCAAACACAAGGAGUCUAGGCUUAGCUUAAAUAUUGCUAAGACUUCUGCUAUGGAAGGGCUUAAUACAUUCCAGAGAAAUCGCUUGAAGAAGGCAUCUGAAUUUGGCAAUUUGGAGGAUGCUAUUGUAAAAGGAUCCACUAGCUCAAUAGACUCCGAAAAGAUUGAACCAGAAAGUCAGAAGAAAAUCAAAGAACCCGAAUCGCCUCCUCUAGUUGAGAGCGAGCCUCAUGAAACAUCAGAUCAUUUGGCAAGGAGGAUUAUGGACGAAAACAUGAAGGUGCACUUAAAACUAGUAUCAGAAUUUGCUAAAUCUACUUCAGACGGUAGCAAUAUGAGCUCUUUAGAUAGCACUCAUGAUAUGAGUCCUAAGAAAGAAUCACCAGUCAAAUUUGAAGAAAAACACAUGGCAUAUGAUACCAACAUUCCAGAUGACUUGAAAGUAAGUCGUAAUACUUAUGUUAACAGUUUGGAGCGACCUAAAUCUGACAUGAUGAAGAAGUUAUUAGCGAAAAAUCCCAUUUUGAAUGUCCAUAUUGAUCAAAAGAAUGAAGCUACCGCUAGUAAAGAGACUCCCACGCCAAUGACUGAUGCAUCUAAAUCAGCUAUCAGUCAACAUCAACCAGAUAUUGUCAAUUUUAAUUUAAAGACAACUGACCCGAAAUUAAAAGAAUAUGAUGAGUUCGUCAGCAACAUAAGAGUUGGAUCUAACAACAGUAUGAAAUUUGAUAAAAAACCUCAAAUGGAAACAUUCUCAAGCGAAUGGACAGAGCCGAGGCAAAACAAUAAUGUUGUUACAAUAACUACUGAAAAAACCCAACCCACUGAAGAGCAAAGGAAAUCUUAUACAAAAAGCAUAGAAAUUGGAAAACCAAAUAUAAGACUAAUACCAGAUAUUGUUGAGGGUAUUAAGAGAAAACCUGAAGAAAAAGACGGACGAACAUUGUACAUGGAGCCAGCAAACAUGUCCCUAACAAUGACACAGGAGCCUGUACAGAAAACUGUAACAGUCAAUGUUGCAGAGGAUGAAUUUGGUAACAAAGUCAUCAGACAAAACAUUGAGAAAAUAUCUACACAAUAUAUAACUGCUAAAGGAGAUGCUCCUUUACAAGUGGAACAAGUAACUUUCGGUAUUUCUAAAAAGGGAGACUUAAAUGAAUUGGACUUGGAAGAAGGCGAUGUCGCUGACAUUGAUAAGAAGAUAUUAGACGAAAUAAAAAGACAAAACCCUAACAUGCAUUUUACAAGUGACGAGCCAGCGUACACAAGAACGGAAACUAUUAUUUUAAAUACAGAACUAGACGAGGAACAAGCUAAAGCAUUAAUGGAUAAAAUAACCAACGACCCUAGUUUCAUGGCACAAAAGACACCAGAAGAACUAUCUAAAUUGGGAAUAAGAAUCAUCAGAGAGUUAGACGACGUGCAAGAUAAGAAAGACGACACAGUUGAAGUGACCAAAACACGAUACACCAUCAAUCCGGCAGCAAUGUCAGAUUCGCAGAAACAAAGAUUAGAAUGUCCUCAAGAAUCUGAACAAAAGAAAGAUCACAUAACAGAAAUACAAGUCGUCACACCAAGGACAGAAAAGCAGCAACAGAAAGAGAAAGACAAAGUAUCAAGUAGGCAAAGAGUGCCCCCUUCCGAACCCCCACUUUCCUACGAACUGGACCCUGAACUGCUAAACGAUUUCAUCUCAAACGAACGGCACCAUACAGCCAAGCAAGAACAACGAACGAAACCGACACAGGACGAGCCAAAGAAACGACAUUCCGACUUCGACUUACCAAGAAACACGACCAUCAAAUUCAGAACAGCGACGUACGAAUCUCCUAAAGGAACUAUAGUUACAAGCACUGAUUUGGAGAACAGAAGACUAUCACAACUCGACCAAAUGCAACUAAGAUCAGCUGAUGCAAAGCCUGUCAUUUCAGCAAAGCCAAGCAGUAUACCGGUGAAAGCAUCGGACAAACCGAAAGCGGUAACAGUAACUUCGAAGAUUCCAGUUUUCAUGAGUCAGAAAUCGUUAAGUCAGGAGAAUUUGACGGAUAAAACGUUUUCAGUACCGAGUUCGCCGCCUCCCAAACUUGUGAGUAGCGGGAGCUCCGGCAACAUAUCUGUGACUUCGAUUAAGUCUAGCUCUAGAAGCCCUAGCGGUGGUAAAUAUUUGUAAAAACACUUAAAGAUUUACAAAAGUUCUGAUACAGAUUCAAAUGGAAAAACAAUUUUUAGUAGCUAAAAUGUCUCAGCAUGCUUUGAAUACUUCUUGGAAGAAUACCUACAUUCUUGUUGUUUAGAUGACAUCUGAACAAUAAUGAGCAAUUUUAUAAGUAAUUUACUUGCACAAUGUCAGGGAACUUCUCACUAAAUAAACAUUUUAAUGUUUAUUGAAAUAACGUUUAUUACUACUUCGUUACCUUGUAAUUCAAUUUUAUUUUCUUGGUCGUAACAUUGUAAAGUAAUUGUAUACUUACUAUUUUUUUAUUACACUAUACACUUAAACAAGAAUUUUCGUUCACUUGUAAAUGAUUAUUAAAAUCUAUAUCAGAACUUAUGUAAGUUCCAGUAGAUAUAAGAGAAAAAUGUUAAACUUAAAAUCGAGAGAAUACGUAAGUGCCUUAUAUUGGGAUAAAAUUAUGAAUCUUAAUAACCUUAACAAAAUUAUUAUUGAUGUGCCUUUUUAAAUUUACAUUUCUAUUAAAAUUAGUGUAUUUUCGAUAUUUCGCGAAUUAAAAAUGUUAAGAAUUAUUUUCGGUUGUGAAUGCAAUUUUAAUCGUAGUGUUAAGGAUCUGUCACAAUUAAAAAAAAAAAUAUAUAUAUUCAAAUACAUUCCACGUACCUAAUAUCAAAUUAAUUGAGAUUAUAAUUUAUUAGAUAUUCUAUUAUUUUGACAUUCCGUCCUCUGUAUCUACCACAAUAUUUUAAACUGUAGAUUUAUCAUUAUUUUGAAAUGUGCGAGCGUUUCAGGGCCAUUUUAUAGAAUAGUUAGCGUUAUUUAUUAUUUUAAACAUUAUUUUUAAAUAUGGCGGAAUCGCCAAGGAACCUUUUUAUUCAGUAAUCGGACAUAUUAUUACGUGAAGUGACCCAAAGGAUAAAUAAAAUAAACAAAGAUUUCAUUUCUUAGUGGCAAUAGUUUAUCCAUACAAUUUGACAUUUCCAGUAGUUCAAAAUAAUUGAAUAAAUUGAUGUAAGUUUUGCAUUAUUUGACGAGUCUGGUCAGAAGUGUUGUCUUCCAUUUCCGAUAGAGGUCGCUAAUACGGCCUUGUUUUUUUAUUUUAUUUCAAUUGAAGUAUACUGAAAUAAAUAUUAUGAGAAUAGAAAUACCUUUUUUGUCUAUAAAUACACUGAGUAUAUUUAUGCACAAGUUUUGAUUUUCGAUUCGUUAUGAAACUACAAAAAAACAUAGAUGAUGAAACAACAGUUUUCAUUAAAUUCAUUUUGACAUAAAUUCAUUCCAUAAUUAUUACCACUAUUUUAGUAAUAUUUUAUAUAAUUUUGGCCAGACUGCGUCGAAAUAACAAUUACAAGAAAUGUAUUAUUUUGUUAUAAACGAAUAGUUUUUGUUGUUAAGUCUGUACGAGUGUAUUUACAUACAAAUUAACAAGUUAUUACGCGGUUAUGCAAUUAGUAUUUUAUUGAUGUAUUAUAAAUGAAAUAAAGACAAUUUUAAAAUGUUUCUCUUUGA